CAGCCUUACGUUCGGCUUCACCGUGUUCGGAAAAAAUCAAAACUCUCCCCGCUCCCUCCAUCCAUCCCUCCCAUUUAACUAUCUCAAUUCUCAAGAGAAAGAGGAGAUUUAUCGGAGGAGCAAAUGAUGGCUCAGGUCACAGGGCCUCUGAGACAUUUGCCGAGAGCACAGAAGCGGCAGCUGUGGCUGUGCUGCUCCCGCCAAACAUUCCUUCGUCUCGCUCUCCCGUCCUUUUUCACCAUUAAAACCAAUUCUCAGCAGCUUUCAUUCGCCACGCUUCCUUCUUCUUAUCGGAACAUUGAUUUUCGAUCUCACGGUCUCAAGUUGCCCGAAGACUCAGUAGCACUUGAUGCUCGAGAAAACAAUAGCGACUCGGACUACCCUGAGAAGAAGAGCCGAAACGAAAAGAAGCGAGAGGCUCGCCGCGCCGUCCGAUGGGGAAUGGAUCUUGCCACCUUCUCUAACCCUCAGAUAAAGCAAAUUCUUAGAGUGGCUUCGCUGGAGAGAGAGGUUUUUGACGCUCUGAUGUUAGUUAAGAGAUUAGGGCCUGAUGUUCGAGAGGGAAAACGGAGACAGUUCAAUUAUAUAGGAAGACUGUUACGAAAUGUGCAACCUGAGUUGAUGGAAGCUUUAAUCCAGGCCUCGAAAGAUGGUGACCAGAUUAAGUUUCAGGCUUUAGCUGGUACAGAAACUUGGCUUAUUGAAGAGGAUGAUGAAGAGGAGGAAGAAACUGAAUAUGAGGAAAAUGAGGAGGGGUGCCAUAAUGACAUGGAUAUGGCAAUGAGAUGGUUUGAUGGCCUAAUUUACAAGGAUGUGGAUAUUACUAAUGAAGUUUAUUCAAUUCACAAUGUUGAUUUUGACCGUCAGAUGGUGCUUCUUCAUUCACCCACUGGAUGAUGAUGAUGAUGAAUGAUCUAUACAAUGAGAUGAUAUAGAUUCACUUCCAGUAGCCCAGUAUCCAUCCACUGCUACUUAUUAGCCAAUUCAUAUAAUGUUUAAAACCUUAAAUUUAAGUCAGGAAAUGCAUGUGCGGUUAUACUGUAAAUACUUGAUUGACACAAGUAAGCUUGAUGGUACAAAUCAUUAGUUUUAUUUAAAUUUUGAUUACUGUUGCAAGAAUGUUAUUAGCAUUACAAUGCUUUAGAAGUUUGCCUCAGAUUCGGAAAAACUAGGAGGAUAAGGGCAUCUUUUAGAUCAUGCUAUACCUUGGUGAAGAUCGGAAUUAGUGCUUUUGAAUUCUUUACAAGUUAAAACAUGACAUUUUCUUUUCUUUAUUGAUUGGUGCUAUGCUGUGAUUAUUUCUUAUGAAUGGUAUCUUG